CUGUGUUAAGAACCAGACAAAAAUAUUACAACGCAGACGGCGACUGCUUUCUUAGCGCGUUAUUGAACAACGUUCGUAGUUCUUGAAAUGAGAAACUAGUUGCGUGUUGCUUUGUUAAUGACCCGGGAAGUGUUCUUUCUCUGGCUUAGUGAAAAUGGCACAUUGCGUAGAAGACAUCCUUGGUGCAGACGCUCUAACGGUAGACGGAGGCGAUUCGCUUCGCAGCAUAGAAGUUAACAAACCAAUCGAUUGUGAGCUGGAUCUUGGAGAGCUCCUUGUCGUGGAUCCCAAUGCGAUUGAGGAUUACAAACUAAAGUCAAAUGUUGAGGAUUAUGUUCGCACUUUAACGCGAGACAAUGUCCAGUUACUAAUGAACGCUCUCUUCACAAUUCCCACGGAAGUUCGUGAAGACACCGUAGUCAUAAAACUACCUGCACCUGUAACGCGACUACCUCGAGAAAAACCAUGCCCGAAGCCCAAACCUUUGACCAAAUGGGAAGAAUUCCGUCGUAAGAAGGGUUUAAGAACACAGAAAAAGGAGAAACUCGUUUGGGAUGAAACAAUGGCGGAAUGGAAGCCACGCUUUGGCUACCGGAGGGUGAAUUCCGAAAAGGAUGUCUGGGUCCUCCCGGUUCCGGACAAUGCAGAUCCUAUGGAAGACCAAUUCCAGGUUUUGAAGGCCAAGAAGAGGGAACGGGUAGCGAAGAACGAACUCCAGAGGCUUCGAAAUAUCCAGAGAGCGCACAAGAUCGACAAGAUGGCCAUCUCAUCUGUAAUGCCGACGCAGAAACUUACGCCUUCGUUGGCAUCCAAAGCUGCUGCUGUAGCUAAGAGCAGCACGGCAUCCAUGGGAAAAUUCGACAGAAAACUUGCACUUGAGAAGGAGGCAAAGAUUAAAGGAAAGAAGCGACAUUUCGAGGAUAAUAUAGGGUCGAUAGCAACUGAAAAAGAUCGAGCUUUGAAAAUUCUCGGUGAGCUAGACCAUAAGCGACCAAAGCUGAACUACGCCCGCGUGGUAGAAAAGCAAAUGAAGAAAGAUGUCCAGCAAGAGAUUCGAGCUAAAAAGGAGCGAAAGCGAGGCACGAGGAGUUCAAAAAGGCUUGGCAAUAAAAAAGCUGCAAUUAAAAUGGCGAAAGUCAACAGGCUCAAAGGCAAGUCCAAGGGAAAGGCUAAGGGUAGCAAAAGAAGAUGAUGGUGAUAACGAAAUCUACUUUUGGCGCAAAACCUUUUGAAAAAGGUUGACACACGAAAUCGCGAUUCGUAAACGUUAAUUGGUCGAUACUGCUGCUUCUAUAAGUGCGAUGUUCUUGCUUUGUGAAGGUUAGUUCAACUGUUGAGAAUACCUUCAGUUUGUAAUUGUUACGGUAGGACAGGAAAGGGAUGUUUGCUGAGCUAAUGAAUGUAAUAUAGUAAUUCUACAAAUGUGUUAUUAAAACUAUUUACUAGUAUGUGUAACGCGAUGAAGAUAAAUUGUGUGAUCCAAUAUCGAAAAUGGUAUUGAAGCAGCUUUUUGCUACCGCCAGUUGCUGCAUUUUUUUAAUAUAUAGCUAGAAACUGAAAAUAUUUUAUUAUAAAAACAAGAAAACGAAAAGUAGGCCGAUCUCAGAAAGCAGCUCGGCACUCUUAUUACCUGAUGAGAACUCAGUAGAAAAUAAAUUUUUUUGAUUUACUAGAAAGCUAAGGUGUCAUGUUGAAAGAUAACUUCAUUAGCCGUGUACUAAUAAUAAUAAUCCGUGUAUUUGUUAAACGGAACUAUCAUUUACUAAUCUAAGAAGUGUCUGUCGGUAUUUUACUCUAACGGAAUAGUAACUAGUGUGGACACCUAUAAUAGGUCAUCUGUUUAUGUCGUACCUUGAAUACGCAGUGCUGAGUCGUUUGGCAUUGAAAACGAGAUGUUAGACACACGCAGAGGUAUGUUUGUUUAUAAUAUAAGAGUGUACUAAUAAACUGAAAACGUUUUUGUAAUAGUAAACUCUACUUGGCUCGCGGCUAAUUAACUCCAAAUUGGUUACAAUGUCAAUAAUAAAUGCUUUACUACAUUAAAGACUUCCUCUCUAUAAAAGCCUACUUUUUGUAAACAAAGAUGCAUACGUAAAAAUUUAUAUUGCUGAGUUGCAUUCACUUCCAAUUACAUAUUACUUAAUGAAAAUAUUAAUUCCUUAAUAUCAAAAAAAUUGUUUAAAUUGUUUGAAGAACAGUUUUUGCGAAACUAUGGGUUUACAGGAAUUUCUUUUGCUUUAUUUUGAUUCUGUCAAAUUUUAUUAAGAGACGCUGUAAAAUAUAUAAAUAUCAAAUAUAGACGAGCGCAUCUUUUACCAAUUGUACUUCUAGAACUGUAAAAAUAAAAGGAAAACUAAAAUUUUAGAGGUUUCAGACCUUUGUAACAAACAUAAGCUUCUAUGUCAAACUAUGAUUGGUU